CCCGCUUUUAAGUUAAACACUUCGCAUCUGCGUCUUUCCUCAGGAAUACACCGCGAUGUUUCUCAUCGUCUUCCUCGCAUUCUGUGGUACUAAUUGCUUAUUUAUUACUGGGGUGGGCAGUCUCCCGUUACCCGACUCUGGGCCCCUUAUAGCCAAUGACUGGGGCCAGUCAGUGCGACUAAGACACCUUUACGCAGCCAGACGAGGGCUUCAUCUGUUGAUAGGCAAGGACGGCAAGAUAGAAGGAUCGCCCCUACAAAAUCCUUACAGUUUGGUGGAAAUUACUCCCGUCGACGUGGGUUUUGUCGCCAUCAGAGGAGUUGCAAGUUCCCUUUAUCUGUGCAUGGAACGGAAUGGGAAAUUAUACGGAUCGUCCAUCUACAUGAAAGAUGACUGCUGUUUUGUAGAGCAAAUUCUACCAGAUGGCUACAACAUCUACAUCUCACACAAGCAUGGGACCCUUGUAAGUUUGAAUGGAAUCAGGAACAAGACCCAAAGGAAAGACCUAGGUGCUUUCUCUCAGUUUCUGCCCAUGACAAGUACACUGUCACUGGAGACCAUGGACAAAUAUUUAGGGGAUCUGGACAUACGAAUUGAGCAACAGCAAAAUCUUCAGUCUGGCCUGGAAUUAGACAACAUGGAUCCCUUCAGAAAAGUCUCCCAAAUAGUUAUUCAAAGCCCUAGUUUCAACAAAAGAUGAGAUGAUGAGAUGUUGAUCAGAAGGAUCAUCUCAGUCAUUUCCAGAAGGGGAAGUAUGAAGCACCAUUUCAAAUCUACACAUGUGAGGCAGAAGAGAUCGGCCCUACCAUGAACCUCGAGCAUAAAGGAAGUCUCUCCGUGAGACAUUACACACACUGGCAGGAGGCUUGUGUCCAAGACAUACAUUCCUAGAUGGAGACACAAGCAGUGGUUAUUUAGAGGAAGUGAAUGCUUCAAAAAGAUACUAAAGCACUCCAAAUGUCAAGGCUUGUGAAGAACAUUUAAAUGAAGCUUCAGGUGAAGCAUUUUUUUUUUUAUGCUGAAGAAGUUAUUUAUCAAUAUGUUUUACUUGUCUUACAAGUUGACAGCAGAAAUAUUUAGUACUAUUACAUAAUAGGUGCAUCUUAACACCGAGAAUGAUAAGAGGAAAUUGUUAUGAAAUGACAACACUAAUAAAAAUGUGCUAUCUGUUUAAAGUGUGACCUUUCCAAAAUGAAGCAUCUGGUGUUUUACCACUCUUUGAACUCUACUGAUGUAAUACUGAAUACGAACUUAGAAACUAUGAUCAUAGCAUGUCAAAUCCAAUACAUAUGUGUCUUCUUGAAAAUUUAAAAUGAGAGAAUAUCAAAAGCUAAUUUAUUCAAAGGUAUUCAUAAUCAAUGACACAGCAACAUAACACUCACAAAACAUAGUAGUAUAUUGAACAGAGAACAUGUGGAUAGUUAUUUGCCAACUAUGUAGUGAGAGCCCAAUGUUUUCUGUUCAAACGUAAUGUAUAAAAGAUACACACUGUAGGCUCUCAAAGAAAAUGAGACAAAAUAUCAUUGAACAAACAAAUAAAUAAGAAGGUAAAAACUACAUGAGGCUCAUUGUACCAUCAGCAAAUAACAGCCAUCAUGAACUUGGUCAUACACAUAAACUUGGUGAAAAGAAAUCGAAAUUGCAGUUGUUUACUCAGUUUACUCAACUGAUGUUCAUUAUAUUGUUUUAUAUUAUUAAAUAACAUUAAGUGAAGAAUAAUGUGGU